AAACUUUCACAAUAAUAGUCAUGACCAGUAUCACGUAUAAACAAUGUACUUGUUGAAUGGAUGAUCAGUUUUCAUGUUAUUUAUCAGUGCAUAAUAAUCCUUUGGUUUAAUGGAGAUAUGAAGUGUUCCCCAAGAGUAGGUAGACAAGGUUUUCUAGCCUUUGAGAUGACUUUCUUAACUCCAUGCCCAUGAUCAUCGAUACCCCUUGUGGACUGGACUUGUGGAAAAAUAUCCAAGUAGGAUCGGUGUGCAGCGGUGUUGGUCUUUCUAGAAGUUUUUUUCCCUACUACGGGGUAUCAGAUCCAGUAUAUCCAUUAGUGUCAUGUCAUAUAUUUCUCAAUCAUGUGUUUGCUCGAUAUCUUAAGUCUACAUUCCAAAGUUUACGUUCGCCAGCCACUUUAUCCUUUUCAAAGAAUUGAAGUUGCUUCAGACGAACUAAUGAGUGUUCCUUGUGUAAUUCACUCAAGGGAUUUUGGACUAAAUGAACAAUAUGCGUCAUUGUUCUUAGUCUACUCUUUUUUUAGGUAAGUUUGGUAUAGGUUUAUCGAUUUUAAAAUAUGAUAAAGCUGUUUAUUGGCAUGUUUUCUUUCAUUCCUUCCUUCCUCUAAACACGCAGUGGCUUUAUGUAUGUUAUUGUCGUUGGUUCACUCUUUUCCUGAAGGAGAGGUCACCCAGAUAAGUUUAUCAGCAUUUAUCAACGUUUCGUGUCACAGGAGGAUCUCUUUUUCCUGUUCAAUGUUUUAGAUAUAGAAACUUUAUUA